AACUUCUCGGCGAAUAUGGAAAUUGCCUGUUACUAUAAAAUGCCCCAUAUUUGCGAAGAAAUGGCACAUUGCACAACCAUGAGAUUUCUUCUCUGCCUUCUCUUGUGUAUUUCUGUCCUCUACUUGGCGGAAUGCUCGACUAUCGAUGGGCAGGAUCGAGCUAAGAGACAGAUAGCCAAUAUGCCGAAUCCAUUCUCGACAGGAGGUCGUAGACUACCUCCAGGUCGUUACGGUGGUUAUGGAAGCGUGAGACCUGUAAAUCCUUUUCAGAGGGCUUUGGGAAUAAGCCCCCUGUAAUGGAAUUAAUAGUGAU